UGAAGGUGAAAGAUCAAGAGAUGUCUUUGGUGAACAUUCUGAAACAAGUUGCUGAUGACAUGGAAAGAGAUAUUAAGAGGUGCGCGAGAGAAAACACCGAGCUAGACAAAAUAGGUUCUUCAUGUUUAGUGGCUUUGAUAUGGGGAGAGAGACUUUAUAUCCUAAACAUUGGGGAUUCUAGACUAUUGUUGGGGUCAGAAUUAGGAAACACGGAGAUUAUAAAAGCCAAACAACUGAGUACUGAUCAUAAUUGCAAAAACGAGCUAAUCAGGAUAAAAGUUCAGAAACAACAUCCAGAUUCAAAGAUUUUGAACAAAGAUAGUUGCAAGAUUACUAGAGUUAUUGGAGAUGCACACCUGAAGAGAGAGUGCAAUUCGUCAGCUGAACCAGAAAUCAUUUCAAGAGACAUAGAGAAGUGUGAUAGGUGCAUUAUCAUUGCAUCACACGGAUUUUGGAAACUCAUGUCAAAUGAACAAACAGCUUUAAUUGUUGAGAGAAAUCGGCAACAAGGAAUUGCAAAAAAGCUUUUGAGGGAAGCUCUAAAGGAGGCUGCUAAGAGAAAAGAAAUUGACUAUGAACAGCUUAUGAAGAAAGCUGAGGGACCUGAGGGAAAACAUAUAUACCAUGAAGACAUAACGGUCAUUGUUGUUUUCUUAAACAAAAAGAAUUGGUGGCGCAAAGACAUACAAAACAUGUCUUACAGGGGUUUUAGAAAUACAACAGUGAAAUCUGUAUUUGCAUAUGAUUAUUGAUUGUAGUAAUAAUCAUAUGCAAAUGUAAACCAAUCUGUCUGAAUGAUCUCUUUGGGGUAAUAUAGGCUGCUUAUGCCUUAAACUAUGUCUCCAAGUACCUUGCACAUCAUUUUUUUCCCAAAAUUGAGUAGUAAGUCAUCUUGUUUGUUUUUUAUGUUCUAUAA